CACAGCAGGCCACAUCGCCAUGGAGAGAGGGGUUUCCUCAUUCCCCCUUGGCCCCAUAGUGAGCCUCUCUCUGCCCAGUUGCAUCACUCUCCUGGUUUCACUCCAGAUUCACCAGCUGAUGGCAGCCCAGUUCAGAGUGACUGGACCAGCCCAGCCCAUCAUCGUCUCUGUGGGAGAAGCUGCUGUCCUCCCCUGCUGCCUCUCCCCCCAUAUGAACGCUGAGGACAUGGAGGUGCGGUGGUUCCGGUCCUGGUUCUCUCCCUACGUGCACUUGUACCAACAUACGGAUCAGUAUGCACAGCAGAUGCCUGAAUAUCAAAGGAGGACUUGGCUCAUAAAGGAUGACAUCACCAGCGGGAGCAUCUUCCUGAUAAUAUGCAGUGUCCGACCUUCUGACCACGGGCAGUACAAGUGCUCUUUCCAGUCUGGUAGCUCCUAUGAAGAAGCUCUGUUGGACCUGCAGGUGACAGCUAUGGGCUCUGGCCCCCACAUCUCUGCUGAUGGCUACCAGGAUGGAGGGAUACAGGUUGGGUGUCGAUCAGCUGGAUGGUACCCAGAGCCCAAGGCUCACUGGAGAGAUCGCCGUGGGCAGCUUUUACCAACAACCUUUGAGGAAAUCUCCACGGAUACCGACGGACUGUUUCACACAGAGAUUUCUAUUAUUAUCAUGGAAGAGUCUAACCAGAAAGUGACCUGUUUUGUCAGAAACCCACUCCUCAACCAGGAGAAAACAGCAACAGUUGAUAUUGCAGAUCACUUUUUCACACGGGUCUCCCCCACAGUGGUGGCACUGGCUGUGAUCCUGGGGAUCCUGGUGUCUGUCAUUGUCGUGGGCGGUUUCUGCCUCUGGCGGCUGCUCUGUGCAAAAGGAGCCCUGCAGUCUGAACUGGAGAGGGAGAAAAAGAGGCACCUCAUAGAAAAAGGAACUUUGCAAUCGAAGACAGAAAGUGGGAAAGCAGCCCUGCAGUGUGAACUGGAGAUUGAGAAAGAGCGGGAAUGCAUGAGAGAUCAAAAAGAGGCAGGUCUUCACUAUACUUCCUUACCGUUCAAAGCCCUUGCACAACCGAUCACCAAUUUCAUGUAGUCCGGAGUUUUCCUGCCAUCGUGCAACACCAGGAACCCCGGCAGGGAGACAGGGGAGAAGGCGGUUCUGCCCCUCACCCAGCCUAGACCCCUGUCGGCCCACUGCCAUCACUGCUGGAGAGUCCUGGACACCCCUGUGCCCUUUCUGCUCUGCCUGGGGUGUCACUACAUUCCUCCUUCCAGACACUCUGAUCCCAGAAGCAAUUCAGUCUGAAUCACGGUGAUUAGCUUGUGGGAGAAGCAGAUUGAACAGGACAGUUUCAAGGGAGUUGAGAUGCUGAAGCCAGUGAUCACACCCAGCGUUAAGAAGGUGACCCUAGGAAAGAACAAUGGUCACAGGCCAUGACUCAGUUUCCCUGCUCCCUACUGAACUGGACAAGGACCUUAUCUCAGCAAAAUGGGCGGGAAUACAGAAAUUUGCACCUGAACUGUAUAUACCCCCCACACAAAGGCAGAAGUGGGGGAGACUGGGAAUUGCCUCAAAUCAUGAGAACAGACUCUCAGGGUCCUGAGACCUUGCCACCCACUUGUGAGUAUAUCUGCAUGUUCUCUACUGUACAUAGUUGCUCUUUCUAAUGUUGCCUGAGUGAUAAUAUCCCAAUAAACUGGUCUAUAGCUUGGAGGAA